AGGAAGGCGCUGGCGGGCAGUGAUGGCGGCGGGUGAUGGGGACGUAAAGCUAGGCACCCUGGGGAGCAGCGGUGAGCGCGGCGGUGACGGGAGCCCUGGCGGCUCGGGAGCUACGGCGGCGGGGAGCAGUUGGGCUGCGACGCUGCUGGCCACGGGCGGGGAGAUGCUGCUGAACGUGGCGCUAGUGGCGCUGGUGCUGCUGGGGGCCUACCGGCUGUGGGUGCGCUGGGGGCGGCGGGGUCUGGGCGCGGGGCCCGGGGCGGGCGAAGACAGCCCGGCCGCCACGCUACCACGCAUGAAGAAACGGGACUUCAGCCUGGAGCAGCUGCGCCAGUACGACGGGGCGCGCACGCCGCGCAUCCUGCUCGCGGUCAAUGGGAAAGUCUUCGACGUGACCAAAGGCAGCAAGUUCUACGGCCCCGCGGGCCCAUAUGGGAUCUUUGCUGGCAGGGACGCCUCCAGGGGGCUGGCGACAUUCUGCCUGGAUAAGGACGCGCUUAGAGAUGAGUACGACGACCUCUCGGACUUGAACGCAGUGCAGAUGGAGAGUGUUCGAGAAUGGGAAAUGCAGUUUAAAGAAAAAUAUGAUUAUGUAGGCAGACUCCUAAAGCCAGGGGAAGAACCGUCAGAGUACACAGACGAAGAGGACACCAAGGAUCACAGUAAACAGGACUGAACUUUGUGAACAACCAAAGCCAGGGGCCUUCAGAACUACAACUCUUACUCCUUUCAGAGGACGGCCAGUCUUGGGUGGCACACCUGCUGUGAGGAACACUUGGCCCGAGUGUACCCGAUAAUGAGCUUCCCUGUGGAGAUCUGAAUAGGAGCAUUGUUUGUGCUGCCGGAUGAAUUUGUUGCAGUUGUUUGUAAUGUCUGGUGGGCUCUCAUCCUGACAAGGAGACAGGGCCUUAACUGCAAGAAAGUCACCAGGUUAUUUUCACACCUCCCCUCCUCUCUCUUUUCUCUUCCUUCCCUUUCCCUCUUCCCUCUUCCCCUUCCUCUCUCUGCCUUCCUGUCCCCCACCCCUUUUAAAACAAAACAAAAAGUAUCAAAGACAACCAGAUAGGUAUUUGCUACUCAAGUGUGUAGCUCUCUGAAACAGCAAGGGACCCUGUUUCACAGGCUGUUUUAUUUGUGUUAAGGGAAGAGCCUUGGGCAGGGAGUCGUGGUUGCACAUUCGUUUAAGAAGUCCAGGCUACUGAAACAUUAAAAGUGAUUUCCCGAACUUUUUUAUUUUGGGGCUUUGUCAGGGAAGAGGGAAAAACUUCCUUCUAAGAAAGGUUUGGAAAUUAGAGGGAUUUCCAGUGGAUUGAAGCAAGCAGUUCCCUAGCUAAGAUAAUUUGAGACCAGUUUUAUUUUCUUCCCUUCCUUCCACUAGGUCAAAUCAAUAUUAAUUGUGCCUUAUUUCACUUCCAUAAACUUGAAUUAUUUUUAGGAAAAGCCCCUCUGUGAAUUGAGAAGUCACUACAAGCAGCAUUGAGACUGAGGUUGCUGUCAUUCUGUGUGUGGACUGUGAGAAGAACACUCAGUGUUAACUGCCAUGUGUAUACACACACAUAGCUAGCGUUGUGAUGGCCAAAUGUGUCCCCUAUGCUUUUUGUUUUUCUUCAAGAAAACGUGAAAAAUCAACAACUCUUUCCCCAGCAGCUGCCUAAAUUUAGGAGUCUGCCCCUCACAUGUCGCCGGUGUGGGUGCGUGGGCCGUGGUGUGAAUGUCCGUGUGGGUGAGUCUGGAUGCGUGUGAGAGCACCUUGGAAGGGACUCUUUCUGCGAUGCUGUAAAUACGAGUACCGUUUUAAUAAAGCAUGUACAGUAAACCAAA